UUAAAAACCGGUUGAACUCACUGCUUGCAAAGGAGGGAGGCACUGACGUCGAUUAAGACCCGACAGAUAUUUUCCAAACUCCAAUCAACACUAUAGUCUUGUUAGUCGGCCCAGCUUUCGUGAUGGUCCCAGUGCUCCUGAACAUACUUGCGGCCACAGUGUUUGUGCUGAGCUGCAUGUGUGCCGCGCCGCUGCAGGGCCAGAAGCCGGCUCACCAGGUGGACCCCCUGACGGCCCACCGGUCCAACCCGCAGUGCUGGGACUCCUCCUCGGCUCUGCUGCUGGAGAUGCGCUCCCCGAGGAUCGCUGACACGGUGCCCGCUUUCUGGGACCUCAUGGUGUUCCUCAGGUCGUCAGACAACAGCAAACACACGGCGCUGUUCUGGGACCUGGCCCGGGUCUUCUGGGACCUCUAUCUGGACUGCGUGCUGUCCAGGAGUCACGGCCUGGGGCGGAGACAUGUCCACUCCCUGCUCAUGUCCUUCAGAUUCAACAGCUCAGGAGCAAACCCCCAGGCGUGGCUAAGUGUCAGAGUGAGACCCAGAGGACACAUCAAGACCCUGAAGACCAAAUAGCACAUUCACAAAUUCACAAAUAGCUGUAAUUAUCUCCAGGUUUAUCAAUCUUUUCUUACACACUGAAAAACUAGAAUAUUUCACUAUAGUAUCCCCACAGAUAGGCCCACUUAAAGGACAUCUGUGGCUCUCAAUAGCAAGUUUUGUAGACAUAUUAAAAUGCACAAUAAGGAAUCCCGAUGAAAAACAACAACAAUAUAAUAGAUGGUGGGGGCCAUCACUGUCUAUAUUAAGACACCUUGAAGUGCAUGAUUGCUUUAUAUCAGAGCCCACAGAAAAAGGUAAUUGUUAUCCAUUUUUAAUAAUAAUUUGCUUAAUCCAUUCACCCCUGAGAGUUCACUGGUAACACUGCAGGAAAACUGGAUUAAUGCUAUGGUUACCUGCAGUUUAAUACACCUUUCACACUGUUUUAAAUUAUUAUCAAACAUAUGAACUGUAUUUAAAGUUUUUCUUUGUUAUGUUCCUAUGUAAUAUGUCACAAUAAAAAUACUUUUUAAUGUGACAAUGUAGGAUUACAUGUUGGUUUGUUAACUUUAAGUUUAAUAAAUUAAUGUAUCAUGGCA